AUGGAUGCGUCUCUGUUGAGAUGGUCGCAUGUGACUUCGACGGCAAGUCUUGUACUUCUAACGACACUUCUUCUGGGAGUGCUGUACAAGGCCACUUCCCGAGCGGUCAAAAUCCCGAAGCCUCUUGAUGAGGAAGUACCCAAUCUCUGGAGCAGAAAGCAGGCAUUCUUCACAGAUGCAAGGAGACUGUUGGAGAAGUACCACCACCGGUUCAAAAGCCAACCUUUCGGCAUCGACGCCAUGGAUGGGCUAAACAUCGUGCUUCCACUGGAAACCAUGGAUGAGCUGAAAAGCAAUCCGGCCGUAGAAUUUAGAGCAACCAUCGAGCGUGAGUUCUUGACACCAUACACCGGCGUCGGACAGAUCUAUGACUGGGGCGUACACGAGAUUCGGGCGAGGAUGAAUCCGACUUUGGGUGCUUAUGUCCCGAUAUUCCACAAUCUCAUUCAGGGCCAUCUCGAGAAGUCGUUUGGAAGCCCGGCAGAAUGGACAACGUUCAAACCUCACGAGCACAUCGUUGAGCUGGUGGCGAUUCUGUCAGCCAGGAUCAUGCAGGGCGAGGACGCUGCUCGAAACCCCGCCUGGAUCAAAUUUGCGCUAUCCUUUGUCAACACCGCGGUCGAAUACGGCACCGCUCUCAAGCCGUGGCCCAAGUUCUUACGCCCAGUUGUCAAGAACUUCCUCCCCGAACGUGUCGAGAUGGAGAAGCGUAAAGCGGAGGGUCGCGAAAUCGUCGCCAAAGCCAUGGCGAACCGGAGGGCGGCGGGGCCGGAGAACCCUCCAACGAUGAUGGAUCACCUUUCGACUGGAGACCACGCCAACAAGGCUGAUGACCUGGAGUUGCAGCUUUGGCUUCAGAUGGCUCUAGCUGCGGUGAGUAUUCAUACUACGUCGUCCACAAUGACCCAGGUCCUGUACGAUCUUGCCGCCAACCCGGAGUACACCAAAGAGCUUCGCGCAGAAGUAGAGGAGGUUCUGGCGCAGUCUGGGGGCGUCUUUACCAAGCAAUCGCUCGGGGAGUUGAAGAAACUCGACAGCUGGAUCAAGGAGAGCUUCAGAAUGGGGGGUCCAGAUCUUGCCACGUUCCAGCGUUUGACUUUGGAGCCGUUGACGCUCAAGGACGGGACCUACAUCCCCGUCGGUACGAAACUGGAAGUCCCUACUGCCGCCGUCAAUUACAACCCGGCCAUCUACCCCAAUCCGGAUACGUUUGAUGGCCUGCGGUCGUACCGAAUGCGUCAAGAGGAGGGCAUGGCGCACAAGCACUCAUUUGUGAGCGUCUCGCGUAAUGAACUUGGUUGGGGUUUCGGGAAGCAUGCUUGUCCAGGCAGAUUUUUUUCCGACAUCGUGAUCAAGUUGACCUUUGCGGAGCUGCUCUUGAACUACGAUAUCAAGAACUUGGAUGGACAACCGAGGCCUAAGAACACCGACUUUGGGUUGGUUGUGAUGCCUGAUUCGGAACACCAGGUGUUGGUCAGAGCGAGGACGACAUAA